AUUGUUCCUUUUUGAUAUCAAGUCCCAUGGUUGCUUCUAGUAGAUAGCUUUCGUCUGGGAAACAAAUAAGUUGAACCAACAUAUAACUCUUCAAACUUUUUCCACCUACUUCUCACCAAAAUCUGAUGAAAACCGUUUUUUAUUUUAUAAAUAGAGGUUUCCAGCACAAGUCUCUUCCUCACUUAAAACCAACAAGAACUAGUCAAAGCACACACAAUACAGCAGUAGUAGUAUUAGCACCAUGGCUCCUCUCAAGAACUCCUUUGUAACAUCUCUAGUCAUUGCACUUGCAUUCACAAGCUUCUUCACAGGCCUAUCUGCUCAUCGUCACCUUCUCCAGUCAACACCAGCGACUCAGCCUCCAGCUUUAACAGUCCCACCUCUGCCCAAAACAACUAUGCCGCCGUUUCCUUCUCUACCAACUCCAGCACAACAAACCCUACCACAGCCACAACCAACUCUACCACAGCCCACCGGGUUGCCACCAAUGCCGAGCACACAGAUACCUUCAUUGCCCAACCCAGUGCAGCCCACAAUCCCAAACAUUCCACAGGUCAGCUUCCCUAUUAUUCCCAGCAACAUUCCCUUUAACUUUCCUUUCAACAUUCCUUUCCUCACUCCACCACCUUCAAAGUAAAAAGAAAAAAAAGUGACAAGCUAGCUCUUUUAGCUGUCACAGAUUUAUUAUCCUUGUCUCUUUGCGUGGGGUUUGUAUACACAUAUAUAUAUGUACUGUUUCUUAUUCUUUUAUGUUGUUUUUGAUGUCGUGGUCCUCUGUGUUGUUGCUUCCAUGAGCCAGCUCCUUGUGUAAUAUACAGCUUUCUCCCUUGUGUUAA